GCCAUAUUCCAGCAUAGCAUGCAUCCACUAUAUAAUUUACCGCACUCCCGGUAACGUGUCAUUUCCUGCUCAAAAUUCACGGUGUACAGACGAGAGCACCUCUCUUGUGCAUUAUUUCAUAUUUGUGAUAAUUCGACUCUACUUAUAUCAACAUGCGUGAGAUUGUACAUCUACAAGCUGGCCAGUGCGGCAACCAGAUCGGCGCUAAGUUCUGGGAGGUGAUUUCCGAUGAACACGGCAUCGACCCGACCGGUACCUACCAUGGCGACUCUGAUCUCCAGCUGGAGCGCAUCAAUGUGUACUACAAUGAGGCCACCGGCGGCAAGUACGUUCCACGAGCCGUGCUCGUCGAUCUCGAGCCAGGCACCAUGGACUCUGUCCGAUCUGGACCAUUCGGACAGAUCUUCAGACCAGACAACUUCGUCUUCGGACAGAGUGGAGCAGGAAACAACUGGGCCAAGGGACAUUACACAGAGGGAGCUGAACUUGUUGAUUCUGUCCUCGAUGUCGUCAGGAAAGAAGCAGAAAGCUGUGAUUGCCUCCAGGGAUUCCAGCUUACACACUCACUUGGUGGAGGCACUGGCUCCGGCAUGGGAACCCUUCUGAUCAGCAAGAUCCGUGAGGAAUACCCAGACCGCAUCAUGAACACAUUCAGUGUCGUACCAUCCCCUAAGGUUUCAGACACUGUUGUUGAACCAUACAAUGCCACACUUUCCGUUCAUCAACUAGUAGAGAACACUGAUGAAUCUUUCUGUAUUGACAACGAAGCCCUGUACGACAUCUGCUUCCGUACCCUGAAGCUCACCACACCCACCUAUGGUGACUUGAAUCAUCUUGUGUCUGCAACCAUGAGCGGUGUCACAACCUGCCUCAGGUUUCCUGGACAGUUGAACGCAGAUCUCCGUAAACUAGCGGUCAACAUGGUUCCCUUCCCCCGUCUCCAUUUCUUCAUGCCUGGCUUUGCCCCUCUGACCAGCCGUGGUAGCCAGCAGUAUCGUGCCCUCACCGUUCCUGAACUCACCCAACAGAUGUUCGACGCCAAGAACAUGAUGGCUGCCUGUGAUCCUCGUCACGGUCGCUACCUGACUGUCGCUGCAAUCUUCCGUGGUCGUAUGUCCAUGAAGGAGGUUGACGAACAAAUGCUCAAUGUCCAGAACAAGAACAGCAGCUACUUCGUUGAAUGGAUCCCCAACAAUGUCAAGACCGCUGUCUGUGACAUCCCUCCUCGUGGACUUAAGAUGUCCGCUACUUUCAUUGGCAACAGCACCGCCAUCCAAGAGCUCUUCAAGCGCAUCUCUGAGCAGUUCACCGCUAUGUUCAGGCGAAAGGCCUUCCUCCAUUGGUACACUGGUGAGGGUAUGGACGAGAUGGAGUUCACAGAGGCUGAGAGCAACAUGAACGACUUGGUGUCCGAGUACCAGCAGUACCAGGAUGCCACCGCUGAAGAGGAGGGCGAGUUCGAUGAAGAAGAAGAGGACGAACAAGAAUUAGCUUAAAUCCACCCUAUCGAUCACCAGCAAUAGAGAAAAAAGGACCCCAGUAUUCACCAACUCUUUAACACAGAAGAACUAACAUUACCCUAUACUUUCUAAGACUUUAAGGGAAUUCUGUUAUCGGUUAUGAACAAAUGUUAACAAUUUUCGCCAAUAGUCUUACAUGCCAUUGCAUAUACAUGUACAUCCAUGUUUGUGAUUGUCUCAAUCAUUCAAAAAGAGAAAUGUACUCUCUAGACUUUACUUCUGCAAAAAGAUCUAAGUCAUUAUUUUGUUCAUGUGGCACAGUCAUAUGAUUUGAUUUAUUUAUGAAACAAAGUUGUGAAUUACAACGAAGUUCAAUCAUGAAUUUAUGAUUACACAAUUGAUACAAAACUAGCCGUUUCAAAGAAAAAUCUCUGUACACUCAUUAAAUGAGAUGCCCCAAAAUGUCGCAAUGCUUUUCCUAUAUCUUCAGGACAACUCAUAUGAUGGCAAGUUUAGUAAUACAUGUGACUUUGCAAUUACGAAUAUGCAGUAACUCAGAAUAGCGAAGAAGUGCAUGUAAUACUUGAACGUUGCCUUCAUCUAAUUCGCAAUAUAUUGAUUUAAAUAAGAUUUGUAUGAAAAGUACUAACUUAUUAUAUUUUAUAGCAAUGAUGUGAUCAAUGACUAAUAAAUUCCCCAAACUGCAAAUA